GGGAACGGGCCGCGUAAUUUGAUUCUAUUAGGGCACUUUGUGGCGGGAAAAUGACCAUAUGCUACUCAGCCCCUUACUACUCUAUUUUACUAGGUAUUUUUAAACCCCAUCUUAAGUCAUCCGCUCUAAAUUCUCAAUCCCUAAAUGUUUUUGCUUUUUCUCUGAUCUUCUCUCUCGCGUUUGUACUACAGGAACCUGAUUCCUUACUGACCCGUCAAAACCUGUUAAUUGCGAGGUUGAAAAGUUUCAGUUUCGAAGAGCGGAGAUUUUGGUUCUGACUGUCACGGUGAUUUGAGGGAAAUGGCUGCCAAUCUCGACGAUGAUGGUGAGCAGACUGUGUCAAUCAACGAAUAUCUUGAGAGCAUCGAAGAAGAAGAGUUGGAAGCAGAUUUGGUUUUGGGUGGAGAUGAGGGAGAUGAGUGUACAUAUUCUAAAGGUUACAUGAAGAGACAGGCAAUUUUCUCUUGCUUGGCAUGCACCCCUGAGGGGAAUGCUGGAAUUUGCACAGCUUGCUGCUUGUCUUGCCAUGAUGGCCAUGAGGUUUUGGAGCUCUGGACCAAGAGAAAUUUUAGAUGUGAUUGUGGAAACUCAAAAUUUGGAGAGUUCUCAUGCAAGCUUUCCCCAAAUAAGGAUGUGGAGAAUACAGAGAAUUCAUAUAAUCACAACUUCAAAGGUCUAUACUGCACCUGCAAUUGCCCCUAUCCAGAUCCAGAUCUCAAGGAACAAGUAGAAAUGAUGCAGUGCUGUAUGUGUGAGGACUGGUUUCACGAGGAGCAUAUCAGUCCCAGCUCUCCCAAUGAGAUUCCUAGAGAUGAUGAAGGGGAGCCACUAUAUGAGGACUUCAUAUGCAAGGCAUGUUCAGUGGUUUGUUCAUUUCUGACUAUGUAUCCUAAAACCAUAUUGGCAUCUGGGAGACAGCCUGUCGCUGCUGACAAAAAUAAAGUUGUGGUGGAAGACAUCCCUUCUAACGAUGAAGCUGGGAAACUUUACAAUGAUUCGUGCUCUGAUGCUGUCCAAAAGGAUCAUUUGGUUGCUGAUACUAAUGGUGAAGCUGCAUCUGAUGAGAAGUCCAUUGUCGGAGAAGGCUCUGAGAGCAAUGUUAGCUCAAGUAUAUCUGGAAGUAUUGCCAGUUCAAAUGCUACUUGUGUUCUUGUAGCAAACUGGAUGGCUGCAUCACUUGAUUCAGAAAGUAGACCCUUCUUUCUUUCUAAGAAUUGGAGAGAUCCUCUCUGCAAAUGUGAUAAGUGCUUCGACAUUUACAAGCAGAAAAAUAUCAGUUACCUACUUGACAGGGAGGAUUCAAUAGCAGCGUAUGAAGAAAAUGCCAAGCAAAAUAGGGAUGAAAAGUUGCAGCAAAGGGAGGGUGCUGAAUUGAAUUUCUUUAACAAUCUCGGUCAUGUAGAAAAAAUGGAAAUUCUGAAUGGCAUUGCGGAUUUCAAAGAUGAGUUCCGGUCCUUCCUGGGCUCAGUUGAUCCUUCAAAGGCAAUCACAGCAGCGGAUGUCAAACAGAUGUUCGAGAACCUUAAUAACAAGCGCCGGCGUGUGUAGUUUAAGGUUUUUCAGUGGAUAUUACAUUAUUACUGCACUUGCUGAGUUUUAACAUAAAACUGCUAUCUCUAAUAUUAUGAACCGUAUGCAGUUGUCUUUGAUGACUUUGUAUUCACACUAUGUUUCUGUAGUAGCUGAAGUUGUGCUAUGUUUGACAAUAUGUAUGUACCCUGUUAAGAUGCUUCUAGCAUACAUUAUGCAUAUCUUAGUAGGUUUUAUCCAA